UAAUCCAGAUGACUUGACAUUAUUUUAGUGACUGACGGGGACAGAGUUGAAAAAAAAGUGCGUGUUUGCUGCCGAGGUAACAGUUUAAACUGAUGUACAUAUCAGCGACCAUGGAGCCGGUGUCGUUGUAAGACGCCUGUCAGAUUCAAAGCGCCCUCAAGUUCCCGUCUAACCGUCCUCUCUCACCGCCGCGGUAACGGUUUAGCUUUAACGUCGCAUCAUGUGGGUUUUCGGCUACGGCUCGCUCAUAUGGAAAGUGGAUUUCCCUUACGAGGAAAAAAUAAUCGGUUACAUAAAAGGCUUCACCCGCCGGUUCUGGCAGGGCAGUACCGACCACCGGGGGGUACCGGGUAAGCCCGGCCGGGUGGUGACACUGGUGGAGGAUCCUGAGGCGUGCGUUUGGGGCGUGGCCUACAAGCUGCCGACGGGCCGGGAGCAGGAAGUGAAGAGUUACCUUGACCACCGAGAAAAAGGUGGUUAUCAGGUCAUCACGGUGACCUUUCACCCCCGUCCGCCACUUUCGCCUCCGCCCAGCCAGAUACUGCUCUACAUCGGCUCCCACAACAAUCCAGACUACCUCGGCCCCGCCCCUCUGGAGGAGAUAGCAAACCAGAUUGUCGCCUCUACCGGCCCGAGUGGGCAAAACACGGAGUACCUGUUUCAGCUGGCUGAUGCCGUGAGGACAAUUCUGCCGGAGGACUCGGACACACAUCUGUUUUCUCUCGAAACUUUAGUGAGAGAAAGACUACACAACGGUCAGAAACACUCACACACUCAAACGGGUUGAUCAUGAUUGGAUGGAUUAUUAUAGCAUGAUCAAUGGUGUAUUACCGGCUGUACUUGUCAAAUAGUCUCAGGGUUUAAGGUAAGCACAGGGUCAACAAGGAUAUUUGUCCGGUACAAGUUUGUCAUUAGUGUCACCUUUUUGUCUCAUGGAGAAAAAACAUCAUAAAUAAAAUUUAUUGAAAACAGAUUAAAACAAAGAUAAGAAAUAAAAAUACAUAAAGGUACUGCAAUGUUAACUACAAAAAUAUGUACGUUGAAUCGACUUGUCAACUCACUACAAUGUAGAACAGAGCAAAUGAUGAACGUUUUGUAUUAAUAAAUAUAUUGUGAGUCAACACACAUCUUCAAAAA